AUGCAUUUUGCUAUCUGGAAUAUCAGAGGUUUUAAUAAAUCCUCUAAGCAUUCUAUAGUUAAGCACUUUAUUCAAGAGCAUAAACUUUCUUUAAUAGCUCUCUUGGAAACAAAAAUCCCUGAAAAUAAGCUCCCUGUGCUAGCAAGAAAAAUUGCAAAUGGCUGGCAUUGGAUAUCUAAUGUGCAUGAAGCUAGAAACUGCAGAAUUUGGAUCCUUUGGGAUAAUGAUUCCUUGAUUAUACAUAAUGCCAUUCUUUCAGAACAAUAUAUCACUUUGUCUGUGGAAUCAAGAGAUGGGAAAUUUUCCAGUAUAUGCACUUUUGUUUAUGCUCUCAACCAAAUGCCUAACAGGAGGAUUCUCUGGAGGAAAUUGCUAGAAUAUAAGCAUAAUGUUUCUGGCCCUUGGAUUAUUGGUGGUGACUUUAAUACAAUUGCAAGUUAUGAAGAGAAAAUUGGAGGGCUCCCUGUAUUAGAAACAGAUACAGAAGAUUUUCAAAGCUUCUUAAAUAAUGGCCAAUUGAUAAACUUGAAUACCACAGGCUUCUUCUUCACUUGGUCAAAUAAGCAAGAUGCAGAUAGUAGGAUUCGGUCCAGACUUGACAGGUGCCUAAUAAAUGAAGAUUGGUUGCAUCUUUACACUUCCAGUCAAGUAGAAUAUCUCCUGCCAAAAUGCUCUGAUCAUUCUCCUGCUUUAAUUUCCAUUGCUGAAAAUGACAGGGAGGAGGGUAUUAAACCUUUCAAAUUCUUUAAUAUGUGGGUGAAGCACCCUGAUUAUCUUUCAACAGUUAAAGCUGUUUGGGAGCAAAAUAUUGAAGGUUAUAAAAUGUUUCAGUUCCACACAAAGCUCAGGAAGCUGAAGACUGCUCUGAAAAAUCUGAAUAAAAAGCAUUUUAUGAACAUUAGUGUGCAGGUUUGCAGAGCUAAGGAUGAGCUUGAGGACACUCAGAGGCAACUUAGCAAUAACCCUUUCAGUUCUGUCCUGAUUGCUAAAGAAAAAGAAUGCAUUAAGAAAUAUGAAAGUCUGCUGGAUUGUGAAUAUUCCUUCUUUAAACAAAAAGCAAACAUUAACUGGUGUAUCCAAGGUGACAAGGGGUCAAAGUUGUUCCAUUCUGCCAUGAAAAAGAGAAGGCAUGCCAAUAAAAUUCUAUCUCUCCAAACAGAAGAGGGGGUCAGAAUCUCUGAUAAACAUCUGGUGAUUGCUGAAAUAACUGGUUAUUUCAAAAAUCUACUUGGUUAUUCUGUACCUACUCUACCUCCUAAUCCUGAGAUUAUUGCAAAUGGUCCUCUACUCUCAACUGAUCAGAAGCUAAUGCUAAGUCUGCCAGUUACUAGAGAAGAGAUCAAGAAGGCUAUUUUUCUAUGCCUAAUGAUAAAAGCCCAGGUCCUGAUGGAUAUAAUGCUUUUUUCUUCAAAGCCACAUGGGGUAUUAUCAGUGAUGAUUUAUUUCUAG